ACGCUUCCCUCUCUGAUUUUUAGUGUAUAAUAAAAGGACUCAAGGAGACUCAUUUCACCUUACAGUUUAUAUCAAAUUAUAAGUCGUGUUCACUAAGCAUAAAACAACCACAAAUAUCACAGUUUUAUCGAGGACCACAGUAAAUUCAAGACCAUUUUCGUACCAUGCAUAUAUUGAUCAACCUAAACCGAUACAAGAGAAACCUGAAACAACAGGAAGACGUUUGACAAUUUCUUGCUUAUUAUUGCCAUUAUCGGAUUCACAGCUUUUAAAAUUACUGAAUACAGCUUUUCUGCCUUACGAUCCGCAUAAUCCAGCACUGUAUAAAAGAAUGUCUAUUAGUUCACAUGAUAUCUUCAAUGCCCUGGCCGGAUACAUUCCAGCAAGCCGAUUCAAAAAUUCAAUGUCGUUUGCUCAGUGGUGCUCGCGAAAAAAGGCACUCUUUCUAGAAAGAAAUCCAGGAUAUGAAAGCGGAGAAAUACCUUAUUUUAGGAGUUCAGAACGUGACAGAAGCGAUGAUUUCGCGUCUCAAAGAGCGAUCACUUGUGACGAGCGUGUUUGUGUCGUGUUCCUCCGAAUCUCAAGCUUAAUUCAGCAACGAGACUUACCGCGUCCAGCAUUAGUUGAUAGACUAGAUUGUGCUGGACCUACACAAGAUAAGAGUGUGAACUACAAGAUUAAUUAUACAGAAUCUUCUAAUACUGCUAAAAAAUACAGGAAAAAGUCUGCCUUGUUUGUGUUGACUUUACUGGCCUUUCAACCAGUUCAGAUGACUUGCUCGAAUUUAUUCGGCCGAAAAUCGGUUGAAAGAUGGGCUGAAAAAGGGCUGAGAAUCGGUUCAGGAUCAGUUGUCGUGAAUAUGGCAUAUGAUUCAGGUUUUGAUGUAGAAUUGUCUGGAACGUCUAGCGUUGACCCUAGUUAAGGCAACAGAAACCUUAGUACUUAGAAUAGUGAUGUAGGAAAAGUACUUAAGGACAAUAAAUACUCUUCAAUAAAGCCUCAUCUAUUUUUUAGGUCGUUCUAAAUUCUGUUUCCGCCCUCUAAUUUCAUGGUGGAGUG